GAAGAGGAGGAGGAGGACUUUGAGGAGGCGAUGAAGGAGGCUGCCUCCUCUGCUGUUGUUAGGAGGAAACCUGGAUCACCAAAACCACAAAUGAUCCUCAACAUCCCGGAGGCGGUGGAUGACUUCCUGAGGAACUUCCUCCGGAGAUCAGGCUUCAGUCAGACUCUGGAUCGUUUUGAGGCAGAGUGGUACGGGUCUGCUCAAAAACAGCUGGCAGAGACCCUGAAGGCUGCUCCAGCGGGGGUCUUCUUCAUCCCUGAUGCUCUCACACACAGACAGCUGCUCCACAGUGAGCUGGAGACGGUCCGCAGAGAGACCCAGCUGCUCCGGCAGGAGGUGCUGGCUGCAGGGGAGAGCCUGGUGAGGAUGCAGAGAGAGAGGGACUUCCACCGGCUGCAGUACCGCAGAGCUGCCGAGGACAAGAACCAGCUGAUAGAGGACUUCAAACAGCUGAAGAAACAUCUGGAGUCCUAUCAGCCGGCGCUGAAGCAGCUGGAUGAUAAAUACCAAGCAGCUCUGAGGCAGAAGAUGCUCCUCAGUUUGGAAAAGGAUCGAGUUCACAACACAGAGUCAAGACUGAGUCCAGAAAAACCCAAAAACAAGACUGACACAAGCACCAAAAAGUCUUCAGCAGGAACCAGCAGGCAUCCCAAAGACUCUGAGUUUCCUGUUUGCAGCAGGCCGGUGAAGCUUCACCUGACAUGCAGAAGCCCCACUUCCUUCAGUCUGUCCUGCUCCAUCAAAGCACACCAACUACCAAUCAGCUGCAUCCACCUCCACCCACGAAAACUGAUCCUCGCCUCCGUCAGUGAUGACCGCAGCUGGAGGCUGUGGGCGCUGCCGGCCAGCGGAGAGAAGGUUGGUCAGAUGGUGCUGACAGGUGAGGGUCAUUCUGAUUGGCUGUCUGGCUGCUGUUUUCACCCCGAUGGAGCAAAAUUGGCGACGACCAGCGGAGACACUACAGUACGUCUCUGGGAUUUCUCUCGUGGCCUCUGUGUGUUGACGCUGUCCGGUCACAGCAAACCAACCUGGAGCUGCUCCUUCCACUCUUGCGGUCACUUCCUGGCCUCCUGCUCCUCCGACAGAACCGCCAAGCUGUGGGACCUAAACAGCCAGCGCUGCCGCCUCACGCUGCGUCGCCACACCGCCUCCGUCAACAGCGUCUGCUUCCUGCCCUUCUCCAACCUUCUCAUCACCUCCUCCGCUGACAAAACCCUCAACCUGUGGGACGCCAGGAUGGGAGUCUGUACUGCCACCUUUCAUGGACACCAGCACCCCUGCAACCACGCCACCUUUCACCCAACAGGUGAAGUCUUGGCUUCCUGUGACUCUCAGGGCAUUGUCAACCUGUGGGACGUCAGGAAGUCUUCAUCAGCAGUGGGAACCGUAGAUGCUGGACCGUUGGGGGCCAACCAGGUAGCGUUCAGCCCAUCAGGGAAGAUGCUUGCUGUUGGCAGUGAUGAUGGUUUGGUCAGACUGGUGGAGGUGGAUUCCAGCACAGUGAGCAGCCUGUCAGGUCACAGAGACGGCGUGCAGAGUGUGACAUUUGACCACAAGGGGGAGACUGUAAUAUCAGCGGGGACCGAUGGGCUGAUUAACAUCUGGACGUGA